AUGGCCGACUACGAGUAUACUGGCGGCAGCACAGAAGCCAACCACCUCUGUGUGCUCGUCCAUGGGCUCUGGGGCAAUCCCGGCCACAUGGCCUCAAUUGCAGAGGCCCUGCGGGCCAAAUACCCGGAGGACCAGCUGAACCUGCUGGUAGCCAAGAGCAACCGGGGAACAUUUACGUACGACGGCAUCGAGACCGGUGGCGAGCGUGUGUGCACAGAGAUCGAGGAGGUGCUAGCCAACGUCGAGGCACGCGGCGGCCACAUUACGCGGCUCAGCGUGAUCGGCUACUCGCUCGGCGGGCUGGUGGCACGUUAUGCCGUCGGCCUGCUGCAUGCCAAGGGUGUCCUCGACACGCUGGAGUGCAUGAACUUUACUGCCUUUGCCAGUCCUUUUCUGGGCGCCCGUGCUCCUCGGCUGGGCGUGGCCAACAAGGUGUGGAACACGCUGGGCGCACGCAUCCUGAGCAUGUCCGGUCGCCAGCUCUUUGGCAUCGAUGCGUUCCGCGAUACCGGCCGGCCGCUGCUGGCUGUCCUGGCUGACCCCAACUCCAUCUUCAUGGCCGGCCUAGCCCGGUUUCGUCGCCGCACGCUGUACGCCAACAUCAUCAACGACCGCAGCGCGGUCUACUACACGACGGCGAUCGCCAAGACGGACCCCUACGCAGCCGUGCGGGCUGACGGCGGCGAGCUGGACGAUCUGUCUCUCCAGUUCGUGCCGGGCUACGAGAGGGUCAUCCUCGACCGCGACGAGCCCAUCGACUGGACCAAGCACCACGCCAUGUCGGCCCAGCUGCAGCUGCUGCACCGCAAGUCCAAGGCCCGCUGGCUGCUCGAGACCGUCGUGGCCAGCCCGUGGUCCAAAGAGGCGCGAGCAGCGCUGCUAGACGUGGCGCCCGUGUUCGCCCUCGUCCUGCUGCUGCCCAUCGGCCUGACCGCCUUUCUGGUGCACUCGGCCUACGAGACGGUGCGCAGCCGGAAACGACGCGAGCGACACGAGAACGGCCUGGCCGGCAUCGACGUGGUCCAGUACCGCGUCCCGCUGUGGAUGAAGAGCCUGCAGGAGUCAGCCGAAGGCGCGUACGAGAACCAAGGCAUGUCGGCUGUCGAGCAGCAGCAGCACAGCUCCGAGGUGGACCACUCAGAUCCGACGGCUUCGAAACACGAGCAGACCCUCGCCCUCUCGCCCGAUCAGUUCGCUAUGAUCGACGCUCUGAAUGCCCUCGGCUGGCGAAAGUACCCCAUCUGGAUUCACAAGAUGCGCCACAGCCAUGCCGCCAUCAUUCGGCGCCGUCCUGAACCCAUGUACGACGAGGGCAACAUCGUCCUCAAACACUAUCUUGAAGAAGAGUUUCUCAUCUAG